AUUUUUCGAUAUUAUCCCCUACAUUAAAAGCUUCUACAUUGUGGUCCAAAUAUUCGAUGCUACGUACCAUGCUCCAAAUUAAAGAAAAUGUGGAUAUUAAAUACCCAAAAGUAAUCGCUUUCUUGAAAAGACAGAACCAGGGAUAUAAAGCUAAUAAGGCAAAAACCUUCUCCAGAGAGGAAGUAAAUAAAUUUUUACUAGACGCUCCCGAUGAUAAUUAUUUAUUAAUGAAGAUUCUCCUCAUUUUCGGAAUUUCCGGAGCAUGUAGACGUGAUGAGCUUGUUAAAAUGGUCACUAAAGAUGUCGAAGACAAAGGUUCCAUUUUAAUAGUAAAUAUUCCAAACACUAAAACAAAUAUGCAGAGAACGUUUGUAAUUAAUGCUUCAUCUGGAAAUGGCCCUAAUUAUAUUGAGAUUUAUGGAAAAUAUAUAUCAUUACGUCGUAAAAUAGACCGGUCACGUUUGUUUGUCUGUUAUAGAGCAGGGAAAUGUUCCAAACAACUGGUUGGAAAAAAUUCUAUCUCUAAAAUUCCUACGAAAAUUGCAGUAUUUUUAAAACUUCCUUAUGCCACAAAUUAUACCGGACAUAGUUUUAGAAGAACCUCUGCAAGUUUACUUGCAAAUUCUGGAGGAGAUAUUCUCGCUUUAAAGCAACACGGAGGUUGGAAGUCGACGAAUAUCGCUGAAGGGUAUAUUGAACAGUCUCUUGCAAAAAAGCAAAAAAUUUCGGAGCAAAUUGUGGGAGUCACCGAAGUUGAAGAAGCAGAUUGUAAUCAGCCAAGUACGAGUACUUUCGGGGGGUGA